GAGGGAAACAGCCAAUCCAAAUUCUAAACAAAACACCACCACAGGGUAGUGAGUAAAUGGCUGAGAAAAUCCACCACCGCCGCCACCACCACCAUCACCACCACCGUCAUCACCACUUGUUUCUAUUCUCAUUACUAUCCCUCUUCUUCUCCACCAUCCAUGCCAACCUCCAUCUCCACCCUUCAGAUUCCAAGGCCCUUUUAACUCUCCAAAAGGCCUUUGGAGUCAACGGUCAACGCUACCAGACUGUAACAACAAACUCUGCAACCACCACUAACCCAUGUAACUCCGACGGCGUGUUCUGUGAGCGGAGGCUCUCCGCCACCGAGAACAGCUACGUCCUCCGUAUCACGAGGCUUGCCUUCACCUCCCACCACCUCACUGGCGUACUUUACCCUGCAAUUGGCAACCUCACAGAGCUCAAAGAGCUCUCUCUCUCAAACAACAACCUCGUUGACCGAAUUCCUCCCCAAAUCGUUGACUGCCGGAAGCUCGAGAUUCUCGACCUCUCCAACAACUACUUCUCCGGCAAAGUCCCGCCGGAGCUCUCCUCCCUCAUCCGCCUCCGCAUCCUCGACCUCUCCUCCAAUAAGCUCUCUGGCAACCUCAAUUUCCUCCGGUACUUCCCCAAUCUCGAAAAGCUCUCCAUCUCCGAUAACCUCUUCACCGGAAGAGUUCCCGCUUCGAUACGCUCCUUCCGCAACCUCAGACACUUCAACUUCUCCGGGAAUCGCUUCCUCGAAGGCUCUCAGACGCAUAAUCACAAACACCUUGCAGGCAACAGUGAUGAGGUUCUUCCCAAACGCUACAUCUUCGCUGAGGAUGUAAGGAAUGGUGAAAUUGGUUCUCCUGCACCGUCUGCACAUGCUCCAUCUUCAUCCCGCAAGAGGAAAUCCAAUUCCACGGUUGCGGCUGCGGCAGCUCCUGGUCCUGCUCACCACCACAAGCACAAAUCAAGUAAGAGGAAGCUUGCAGGGUGGAUUGUAGGGUUUAUAGCUGGGGCUUUUGCUGGGACUCUUUCAGGGUUCAUAUUCUCUUUGCUGUUCAAAUUGGCUUUAGCUUUGAUCAAGGGUAGAGGGAAGGGUUCAGGGCCUGCUAUUUAUAGCUCAUUGAUUAAGAAAGCUGAAGACUUGGCUUUCUUGGAGAAGGAAGAUGGAAUGGCCUCUUUGGAAUGCAUUGGAAAAGGUGGUUGUGGAGAGGUUUACAAGGCGGAGUUACCCGGAAGCAACGGCAAAAUGAUUGCCAUCAAGAAGGUUAUUCAGCCUCCUAAAGAUGCAGCAGAUUUAGCAGAAGAAGACAGCAAGGCUCUGCAUAAGAAGAUGAGGCAGAUAAAGUCUGAAAUCAACACGGUCGGUCAGAUUCGACACCGGAACCUUCUGCCUCUGCUUGCUCAUGUUUCCAGGCCUGAUUGCCACUACCUUGUGUAUGAGUACAUGAAGAAUGGGAGCUUGCAGACUUGUUUGGAGAGAGUAGAUAAUGGUGAGAUGGUGUUGGAUUGGAUUUCGAGGCAUAGGAUUGCUCUUGGUAUAGCAGCAGGGCUUGAGUACCUUCACGUGAGUCACAGUCCUCGAAUCAUUCACCGCGACCUCAAGCCUGCAAACAUCCUUCUUGAUGAUGACAUGGAAGCUCGAAUAGCCGAUUUCGGGCUUGCGAAAGCCAUGCCUGAUUAUCAGACACACGUCACAACUUCGAAUGUGGCAGGCACUGUGGGGUACAUAGCACCAGAGUAUCACCAGAUACUCAAGUUCACAGACAAGUGUGAUAUUUACAGCUUUGGGGUUAUUCUUGGUGUUUUGGUGAUAGGGAAAUUGCCUUCAGAUGAUUUUUUCCAGCAUACUGAUGAGAUGAGCUUGGUCAAGUGGAUGAGAAAGAUGAUGACUACAGAAAAUCCCAAGGAAGCAAUUGAUACAAAGCUUUUGGGUAAUGGGUUUGAGGAACAGAUGCUUCUGGUUCUCAAAAUUGCUUGUUUUUGCACCAUGGAUGACCCUAAGGAGAGGCCUAACAGUAAGGAUGUUAGGUUGAUGUUGUCACAGAUCAAGCACUGAGUCCCCUCAGCUUGAUAAAUAAUGUGUGUAUAAUGUUUGUGCUAAAGUUAGCGUGUUUAAGAAUAUGAUUGAUAAAUGUUGGUUCGAAAGGUAAAUGAACCAAUAUAAGUCUAUUACCUUCAUCACUGAAUGCUGAAUUUAUAGAAAAGAAAAGGUAGAAAGAAAAUUCAGCAUUGUGAUGAUAUCUAUCAUAUGUCGACUAUGUUACAGUUCAAUGUUUAUGUAUUGUUCCUGAUAUAGAAAUAAUCCCAUGUUACCUUA